AUGGUCGAUAGGAAUCAGAACCGAUCGGCGGCUACGAUAUCGAACUCCGGACGUGAAGUGAAUCGUAUUAUCAGCAACGCAAUUGGUCAGUUGGAGGAUGUGAUGAGAGGAGAUCAGCAAGGGCAUAUUCCUUAUUUGACGACAGCACGCGAUAGUUCUACGUUCGAUGACACUUCUGCCGGUUCAACUCACGUCUCCACAGCUGUGUCUCCGAGUAACGACAUCAUCACAUCACCUGCAGACUCUCUUCGUAGAGGACAGCUUUUUGGCAGAAGCAGUUCUUCCCACUCUCGAGACAAUGCACCGUGUGGAGUUGAGCAGCCUAUAACCUCAAUCCCAGUGAUACCAACGGUGCCACCAUCGGAAGAAACGACUACAGCAGGUCCAGGACUGGACAGCGUUCCUCAAAAUGCGAACGCUCAAUCAGUUAAGAAAUACCAUAGUGAACACCUCGUGAAAACAGCCGAAGCAAUAGGAUCACCUUGCGGAAGAAAGCAUCUUCAUAUACCGCAAGGGCCGUCCGCAGUUACUACGGAUAAAAUAGUAUUUUACAAUACCGAUAAGCACGCCAAGCCAAGUUCUUCGUUAGGAGAGCACUACCCUUUUGCAUCCGCUGAGCAUCACACAUUAUGCGCUCAGACUCCAGUUUUCACCGGAACGUCAAUUCCAAGCGAUUCAUCACACAGAAGGGCCUCUCACACACGUAUAGAUACGUUACCAACUGCUAGCAAUCAAACGCAUGUGAACAUUUCUUCGUUUGAUCCAGCUCCAAAAACAGCUUCAUUAAAUGGAAGACAGAGCAACUCCAUCGAAGCAAACACGUCGUGCGCUGAGACGCGCACCUCUGAGUGGCUUACGAGUGAACGAUCGUCGAAGACCGUUAAUUCGUCAGGCACUCUAGAGGGGUCUAUAACACAGAGCACAAAUCACUUCGAAGCUGGAUCUCCAACAUCUGCAUCAGGACGGCUGCCAUUAACCGGAUUUGAUCGCGAACAAUGGAACAUUGCCAGAAACGACAACAGCGACACAGCCAUGCCUCGUCUGAUUACAGCACGCGAGUCAUCGGAAGAUAGUCUUCAUACGGCUAAAGGUGAAUUCAGUUUAUCAACUCCUCCAAUAUCAACGACAGUGAAACAUCCAUCAUCGUUUAACCUACUUAAUGGAGGGGCAUCGGUAGUGAAAAAUCCUAACACCACUCAAAAAGCAGAUAUGAUGGACGUCCAGUCAUCACAGAGAACUUUAUCAUGUUAG